AUUUGCUGCUCGGAUUUGGCAUACAUGAGUGAUUAUCGCAGACCUUGCAACUUCUUUUACAAUGUAACUGGUGAGGAAGCAGAGCGGCUACUGCGACAGUACGGUUCAGACGGCGAAUUUUUGGCUCGGCCAAGUGAAUCGCAGCCGCUCAACUUCACACUUUCAAUCAUUCGUGGGAAAGCUAUCACUCAUGUCAAAAUCCAGAAGAACAGCGACGAUUUUCUAGACUUAUUUGGAGGCGAAUCGUUUGCGUCUCUCAGUGAGCUGGUGCAGUUCUAUAUCGAUAAUCCAGAACAGCUUCAGGAACGAAAUGGAGAGUCCAUCAUAAUGAAGCGACCUAUUUCCAUUCCACUGUUUGAACCGGCGGCACAAGAAGCUCGUGCUCCAGCUUCCCAGCGUUGGUUUCAUGCAAAUAUCACGGGUACUGAAGCAGUGGAACUUUUGACGAAGGAGAAACAAUGGACUUAUUUGGUUCGAGAAAGUCAACGAGCUCCUGGUUCGUAUGCCAUAACUGUGAAGACAACAGAUGAUCACGUUGUACAUAUUCUGAUUCAGAAGAAGGCCGAUACUGGAAUGUACCACGUAGGUGGUGGUGACGAAUUUCGAACAGUCGGUGAACUUUUAGCUCAUUAUAAUAAUAAUCCAAUGGUUGAAGAGGGCAGUCAACGAGUGGUACAUUUGAUGAAUCUGGUUCCUUCAACUUGCGUUCCUGCGGAUGCGAUCGACGAACGCAUCCGUUUGUUGGAGGAAAUUGACCCAGUCACCAAGAAAUCCGGCUUUCUUGAGGAGUUCGAGCGCAUUCAACAAGUAGAUGAUCAAUUUUCUUCUCGUCGGGAAGGGAAAAAGGAGCAGAAUAUUAGCAGGAAUCGCUAUAAAAAUAUCGUUCCGUUCGAUCACACUCGGGUAAUCCUGAAGGACGUUUCUCCCAGCGAAUCUGACUACAUCAAUGCCAGUUAUAUAAAGAUACCCAAAGGGCCUCCAUUACAUCUGUACGCUAAUCGAGAGUAUAUUUCCACGCAAGGUUGUCUUCCCAACACUUUACUUGACUUCUGGCGGAUGGUAUGGCAGGAGAAUAGUCGUGUGAUAGUUAUGACCACCAAGGAAAUGGAGCGAUCACGGAGCAAAUGUCACGUUUACUGGCCGGCCUUACGCGAAGAGCUCAAUCUCCGCGAAUAUGUAAUCAAGACUGUCGAAGAGACGAAAGUGCCAGGCGACAACGGACUAGAUAUGUUCAUCAAGCGGCGUUUUAUGGUGGCCAAAAAAGGUAUGCCACAGAGAGAACUAUUCCAUCUGCAGUUCAUUGGCUGGCCUGACCAUGGUUGCCCAGAGCAGCCGGAAUCGGUGCUACGUUUCCUGGAGGCUGUAGACGUAGCUUGUAAGAAGGCUAUAUCAACACAGGGCCCUGUAAUUGUGCAUUGCAGUGCUGGCAUUGGGCGAACGGGUACUUUUAUAGUUAUAGAUAUUCUUCUUAACCAAAUUCGACACAGAGGUAGCUCUUGUCCAAUUGAUAUACCACGAACGGUGAUGAAAAUACGCGAGCAGCGCAGCCGCAUGGUCCAAACGGAAGCGCAAUAUGUCUUUCUGUACAGAGCAAUUAGUUGUUACAUAGCUAUGCAAAGUCGGUCUCGACAUCCUUCCGAUGAGACGGGUACGGGUGAGGGAGAACAUCCACAUCACCUCCCACCGCCGCCGGUUCCACGUCGACGAGUAGUACCGGAAGUAGCUCAGGCAUAUGUGAACAACGGAUAG